AUCUAUAUAACGCCAGGGGGGAGUGGAAAUGUCAGAAGAUCCAACAUGGUUGCCUCAGGAGCGAGAAACGUUUUAAAGUCUUUUGGCCAAAUAAAUCGGGCACUUUUGCCUCAAAUGCAAACUAUACGGGACUCAAAGCUUGGGAAGCCAUUCUACCUUAUAUAUGUCGACUACAAAAACGUUUUGUUCGACUUUUGUAAGUUUGUAUAUAAGAAACCAGCAAAGGCUGUUAGGAAUUUUUCUGUGAUCGGAGCCCUUGUUGGAAUAUGGUAUACAAACCCAGAAACAGACUCCUAUACAACACAGCUAAUGGAAAAUGCAAAUACAUUACUAUUGCUGAGCAAUAAAGUUAGGAAUGCUAAAUGCAAUGAAACUGUGCAACGACUCGUUAAACUCAAUUCGGAGAAUAGGCUAUUGGUUCAUAAUUUGGGAUUUUUUUCAUUGGUUCGUCAAAAGGAACAUAAUGAUGUCACAUGUGUUUAUGAAGCGAGGUGUUACUAUCUAAAAGAACGUUGGUUAUACUUGUAUAAGGAUGUUGUCGAUAUUGGAUUUCUAGGAAAGUGGCAUUUCUUGGAAAAAGCUAUGGUCGAUUAUGACAUCAAUGAUGCCGAGUUGUCAUGGUUGCCAGUUAAUUAAACAAUUGUUAACAAAUAUAAGAAAAUUAGUAUGAUACAGAAAAUAUAAACAUCUGUGGAAUAGACAAUUAUGAAGCUCGUUAGCAAAAUGGUUGAUUAUAAUACUAACAAACAAGAGUUGUCAAGGUUACCAGAUGACAAAUUGAAGGUUAAUGAGUGUGAGGAAUUAUACUCGUUAACCUUUGAGACAAUUAUCAAGCUUGUUAACAAAUUUUUUAUGAUUUUAUUUUUUACUUGAAUUGUCUAACAAUUUAUAAUUUGAAGUUUUUUAUUUAAUGGCGACCACCUGGUUUAUAUUGUAUCAGAGAUGUAUUUCACUUGCUAGAUGGAUGAAUGCAAUCCUAGAACAAAUUACACUCAGAGUUGGGAUGAGACAUCGGGUAAUCGAUAAACCAGAAAAAACAAUCUUUUUUGAAAACCGAUUCAACCAAUGUAGUUCUAGGCAAAAACCCAGAAAUUCCAUGGCAAUAAUUCCACAUAUUUGUGCAAAAUUGAGAAGCAUUUAAGCUGAGCAGAUAAGCAUAUCACAUAUUUGAUUAGUUCAAUAGAAGGCGGACGUCUGCAUACAAAAACUUAUAAAAAAUCUCUUUUUCAGAAAGUUUUUUGUUUUUACCCAGAACCACUUUACUUGACUCAGAGAAGCAAGUGAUAACAUAUCUGAUUUACAAUUUACUAACUUGGCCAUACCAUUCCGGCCUGUUACUGAAACCACAGCUG